AUGACGCAAAAGCUUCUGUCCGUGUAUCAGAGGAAGAUGCGCGAUGCUGCUGAUAUUGUGUCGUGCUUAUGGCGAACCGGAUCGUCGGUAAUGAGUCGCCCGCCCGUCGAAAUUAACGAAUUCCAUUUCGGCCACGAAAAGUCUGUGAGCGCUCAGCAUCACAUGAGUGAUCAUUUCGAGGUGCAAGCGUGCCAGUCACGUGUUGGAGUAGGUCACAGUCCUGAAUACCUCAGUAGCGUUGAAGAGAUCGACAGAUUUUAA